AUGCUUGGCAAACAAUGGAGUGAAUUACUCAAACUCAUUCAAGACGUCUCCGCAGUCUUCUCAAUCACAAUCAACAGUUUUUUGAUAUUAUUGGUUUUGACAAAGUCACCAAAGUCAUUAGGAGCAUACAAGUGGCUGAUGAUUUAUAUCUCUGUAUUCGAGAUUUUUUAUUCAAUUUUGGAUGUGAUUCUUGUACCGCAACAUUAUUCCCAUGGUCCAACCUUUUUGGUAAUCGUCGGAAUCCAGCAUAAAUUAUUCGGACCGGCUGGUCUAACUGUCCUAAACUCUUGUUAUUGGGGAUUCUUCGGUGCUUCAAUGGCAGUAUUCGCUGUUCAUUUCGUCUAUCGUUGGCUUGUUGUUACAGAAAACCCCUUAUUACAAUCAUUUAAUGGCUGGAAAAUUUGGAUAUGGUUUUCAAUUCCUCUCUGGUAUGGACUCACUUGGGUAUGUACUGGAUAUUUCCUCUCGGCACCAAAUGAAUCAACCACCAAAUUCAUCAGAGAAAAUGUGAAAGAGAUUUUUGAACUUGAAUUCGAUGAAUACAUAUAUUUGGGGCCGUUUUUGUAUGAGAAGAUGGACGACGGAUCACUCAAGUUGCAUGUAAUGCCAUUUAUUGGAUUAGGAGUUAUCUCUGCUACCAUUGUCUCAUCAAUUAUAAUUGUCCUUAUUUUCGGUUACCUGUGUUAUGAUCGAAUCAAUCGUCUCGUCGCCACAACAUCAGCUUCCGCCAAAUUCCAAAAACUUCAGAGACAAUUGUUCUAUGCUCUUGUCAUUCAAACACUCAUUCCUUUUGUUUUGAUGCAUAUUCCAGCUGCAAUCAUGUUUUUAUUCGUGUUCUUGGAUAUCGAUUUGGGAGUUUAUAGUGCAGUUGUUUCGAUGACAAUUGCUAUUUAUCCGGCUGUUGAUCCAAUUCCGACAUUGGUUAUUAGUUCUUCACAUGUGUCACUAAAACCAAACCAUUGA